GAGACAGAGAGAGGAGGACGACAAGCGACUACUGCCUCUGUGAGUACAAACAGAAGCAGCUGCAGCAGCGCAAGGUUGGGACGCACAGUCUAAGACCCUGCUAAUUCUACGCCCCACGCCAUGCUGCGAGUGUUCAUCCUCAGCGCUGGCAACGUGCAGACCCCUGACACGGACAUCAGCGAUGCCUACUGCAGCGUCCUUUUCCAAGGAGUCAAGAAGAAGACCAAAGUCAUUAAGAAUAAUGUGAAUCCAGUAUGGAAUGAGGGAUUUGAAUGGGACCUGAAGGGGAUACCAUUGGAUGCCAGCUCUGAGCUCCAUGUGGUGGUGAAAGACCAUGAAACUAUGGGAAGGAAUCGGUUUCUUGGAGAAGCACGGUUGCCCCUCAGGGAGGUCCUUUCUUCCUCCAGUCUAGCUGCUAGUUUCAAUGCUCCUUUACUGGACAGCAAGAAGCAGAGCACAGGGGCUACUAUCCUUCUUCAGAUCUCCUACAUCCCCCCACCUGGAGCAGCACCAGUGUUUUCCCCUCCUGCUCCGCCUGAAGCUCAACAUGGCCCUAUUGAACUCGACUCUGUUACUGAUACAGCCGGUGAAGAAGAAACUGAAGACCAAGCUGAGAGCAUAGAAGAGGCAGAGCCAGCAGAGGAAACACCACCACAAGAGCCGACAGCCCCUCUGCCUAAGAAAACUCCUGCAAAUGGCGUGCAGGGGAUCAAGAAGAGGAGAAAAACCCAAAAGCAGCCCCUCUCCAACAAGCCCCAGGACUUCCAGAUUCGGGUCCGUGUUAUAGAAGGACGGCAGAUCCCAGGUGUUAAUAUCAAAACAGUAGUCAAAGUUACUGUGGCAGGACAGACCAAAAGGACAAGAAUUCGAAAGGGGAACAGCCCAAUCUUUGAUGAGACUUUUUUCUUUAAUUUUUUUGAAUCUCCUUCUGAGCUGUUUGAUGAGCCAGUCUUCAUCACUGUGUUUGAUUCACGUUCUCUUCGCACAGAUGCUGUGAUUGGAGAAUUUCGGCUUGAUGUGGGUACAGUUUACUCUGAGCCUAAACAUGCCUUCCUCAGGCGGUGGCUUCUUCUUUCUGACCCUGAUGACCUGUCUGCUGGGGCUAAAGGCUAUUUGAAAGUCAGUCUCUUUGUCCUUGGUCCAGGAGACGAGGCACCAGUUGAGAAAAAGGAAAUCUCAGAUGAUAAAGAAGACAUUGAGGGGAACUUGCUGCGGCCAGCUGGUCUGGCUUUGAGGGGAGCCCAUUUCACAAUGAGGGUGUACAGAUCUGAGGAUCUGCCACAGAUGGAUGAUGCCUUUUUAGAUGGAAUGAAGCAAAUAUUUGGCUUUGACAGCAACCGGAAGAACCUUGUGGACCCCUUUGUUGAAGUCAAAUUUGCUGGAAAGACGAUUUGUACCAAAGUUCUUGAGAAAAAUGCAAAUCCAGAGUGGAACCAGAGCCUCAUUUUGCCAAUUAGGUUUCCUUCAAUGUGUGAAAAAAUGAGAAUUCGUGCAAUUGAUCGGGACUGGUCAAGCCAAAAUGAUGUGAUCGGCACCAGCUUCCUCUGCAUGUCCAAAAUCUCAGCCCCAGGAGGAGAAAUUGAAGAUGAAAUGCCUCCAGUGACCUCCAGCCAAGCCAGGAUGGAUGACAGUCUUGGCUUCCUGCCCACAUUUGGUCCUUGCUAUGUCAACCUGUAUGGUAGUCCACGAGAGUUCAGCACCUUCACUGACCCCUAUGAACACCUAAACCUUGGGAAGGGAGAGGGAGUGGCAUACCGAGGCAGAGUUCUCUUGGAGCUGGACACAAAACUGGUGGACCACACUGAACAAAAAGUGGAGGAUAUUCCUUCAGAUAAUUUAUUAGUUGUGGAGAAAUUCAUGCGAAAGCGCAGGUACUGCCUUUUUGCAGCUUUCUAUUCUGCCACACUGCUACAAGAUGUGGAUGAUGCCAUUCAGUUUGAGGUCAGCAUUGGUAACUACGGCAACAAAUUUGACAACAGUUGCCUGCCGUUAGCAUCUACCACACAAUUUAGCCGCGCUGUCUUUGAUGGAUGCCAUUACUAUUACCUGCCCUGGGGCAACAUCAAACCAGUUGUGGUCCUGUCAUCAGAGUGGGAAGACAUCAAAUUUCGAACAGAUGCACUGAACAUGUUGCUGCACAUUGCAGACAGGCUGGAAGCCAAUCUAGAACAGAUGCAGCUGGAAAUCAAAGCAAACAUGUCAGUGGAAGCUGUGAACAUCCAAAUGGAGCAGCUGCUGGAUGAUGUCAUCAGCGAUUGCAGUCUCGAGCUUCCUGACCUACAACAGUGGCCCUGCACUACUCCCUUAGAUAAAUACUUGUAUCGUUUUCGGAAAGCAAAUCUAAUUCAGAUUCAGCAGCUGGCUCUGCAGCUCAAACAUGGCAAUGGCACUGACCCGUCUGCUGUAGUCGAACAGGCUGAGGACUGGCUGCUCCGACUGCAUAAUAUUGCUGAAGAGCCUCAGAAUUCUUUGCCGGACAUCAUCAUCUGGAUGCUUCAGGGGGAUCGGCGAGUGGCCUACCACAGAAUCCCAGCUCAUGAGGUUCUCUUCUCCAAGAACAAAGGUGGAGCAAUGUUUUGUGGCAAAUACUGCGGGCAGCUACAAACCAUCUUCAUGAAGUUUCCACAGGGAGGUGGUAAAGAAUUUAAGAUCCCUGUACAGGUACGACUUCGAGUGUGGUUUGGACUCUCUACAGAUGCAAAAGAAUUCAACCAGUUUGCUGAAGGCAAGCUCUCUGUGUUUGCUGAAACGUAUGAAAACCAAACCAAAUUGGCACUUGUGGGUAACUGGGGUACAACUGGCCUGACAUACCCUAAAUACUCUGAUGUAACUGGAAAAAUUAAGCUUCCCAAAGACAGCUUCCGUCCUUCACCUGGAUGGACCUGGGUGGGAGAUUGGUUUAUUAGCCCAGAGAAGACACUCCUCUUUGACUCUGAUGCUGGUCACAUGACCUUCAUGGAAGAGGUGUUUGAAAAUCAGAUGCGAUUACCAGGGAGACAGUGGAUCGGCAUGUCAGAAUGCUUCACAGAUGUGAAUGGUGAGAAAGCUCUGCCCAAAGAUGAGAUUGAGUGUCCUCCUGGCUGGGUUUGGGUGGAUGAAGAGUGGUCAACAGAUCUCAAUAGAGCUGUAGAUGAUGAAGGCUGGGAGUACGGCAUCACCAUUCCUCCAGACCGCAAGCCCAAAUCAUGGGUUCCUGCUGAGAAGAUGUACCACACAAAUCGCCGAAGACGGUGGGUCCGGUUACGCCGUAGAGACCCUAAGCAAUUGGAUGCUCUGAAAAAGCAACGCCCUGAUGACAUCGAUCGUGAAGGAUGGGAGUAUGCGUCUCUUUUUGGCUGGAAGUUCCACCUCAAGCCUCGCAAAACGGACAGUUUCCGGCGACGUCGCUGGCGCUGCCGCAUGGAGCCUCUGGAAAAGACUGGUGCUGCUGCAGUCUUUGCCUUGGAAGGCUCUCUGGGUGGAAUGAUAGAUGAAAAAAGUGAUGACAAAUCCGUAACUCAGAGUUUUGGAGUGAACCGUCCAACCAUCUCCUGCAUGUUUGAUAGUGGGACUCGUUAUCAUUUGCGGUGUUACAUGUACCAGGCACGUGAUCUCAUCGCCAUGGACAAGGACAGUUUCUCAGAUCCCUACGCCAUUGUCUCUUUCCUUCACCAGAGCCAGAAGACAGUGACAAUCCGCAGCACUCUUAAUCCUACUUGGGAUCAGACCCUCAUUUUCUAUGAGAUCGAGAUCUUUGGUGACCCUCAGGCUAAUGAGCAAAAUCCACCCAACAUUGUGGUAGAAAUCUACGACCAGGACACUUAUGGUGCAGAUGAAUUCAUGGGACGUUGUGUUUGCAAACCCACUUUGCAGUUACCACCAAGCUUAUCAUGGCAUCCAAUCACCAGGGGCCAGAGGAAUGCAGGGGAGCUGUUAGCUGCCUUCCAGCUGAUUCGUAGAGAACAGCCAGCGGUCCAUCACAUUCCAGGUCUGGAGGGGGAAUUCAUUCCCAUUUCCACGCUGGAUGAGCUGUGUAUUCCUGGUUUCUUCCAUGAAAAUCUUCAGCAAUGGCCUGCAGAUUCCAGCCUUCCUCCUCCUCCACCUCUGAAGGAGCCCAACGUUUUCAUGGUGCCACAGGGCAUCAAGCCUGUCCUGCAGCGCACAGGCAUUGAGAUCCUUGCAUGGGGAGUGCGAAACUUAAAACAUUUCCAGUUAGCCAGUGUUUCAUCACCCAGCCUUAUGGUGGAAUGUGGGGAAAAGAUGGUUCAGUCAUGUGUGAUCCGCAACUGCAAGAAGAAGCCCAACUUUGAUAUCAAUGUGCUUUUUAUGGAUGUGCUGCUGCCUUGUGAAAAGCUGUAUAGUCCUCCGAUUACAGUUAAGGUGAUCGACAACAGGCAGUUUGGCAGAAAACCUGUCGUCGGGCAGUGUACCAUCCGAUCUUUAGAAGAAUUCUACUGGGACCCCAACAGGACUGAGCGAGAGUAUUAUGAACUUCAGCCAGAUGAGGUGAGUCUUACCCCUCGAGAUGAGGUCCUCAUUGACAUCGAUGAUAAGGAGCCACUUAUUAGAGACCAGCCAGCGGACAGUGUGACAAGCUCAGCUGCUAUUAACCUUACAUCCUCAGCAUCCAGCCUACAUGUAUGUAUACAAGAAGAGGAAGAGUUUAUAGACUGGUGGAGCAAAUUCUAUGCUUCCACUGGGGAAAGAGCCAUGUGUGGGUCUUAUCUGGAGAAGGGCUUUGACACUUUAAAGGUUUAUAACACAGAACUAGAAAAGACAGAAGAUUUCGAGGGGCUAACUGACUUUUGUCAAACCUUUAAACUGUACCGAGGCAAAUCUCAGGAUGACAAUGAAGACCCAUCUGUUGUUGGUGAAUUCAAGGGCAUGUUUAAAAUCUACCCACUUCCAGAUGAUCCUUCCAUGCCCCCACCAUCCCGCCAGUUCCGACAGCUGCCUCCCAAUGGUCUUGAGGAAUGUCUUGUACGAGUCUACAUUGUGCAGGCAACUGGUCUACAACCCAAAGAUGCUAAUGGAAAGUGUGACCCUUAUGUGAAGAUCUCAUUGGGCAAGAAGUCAGUCAGCAACCAGGACAAAUACAUACCCUGCACUCUGGAUCCUGUUUUCGGAAGCAUGUUUGAGUUGUCCUGUGUCCUUCCACUGGAGAAAGACCUCAAGGUCAUGUUGUAUGAUUAUGAUCUUCUCUCCAAGGAUGAAAAGAUUGGGGAGACAGUGAUAGACCUGGAGAACCGCUUCUUGUCUAAGUAUGGUGCUCGCUGUGGACUGCCGCAAACCUACUGCCUGUCGGGAGUAAACCAAUGGCGAGACCAGAUAAAACCAUCUCAGCUCCUGCACCGAUUUUGUGAAAGGUGGAACUUCAAGCUUCCUGUGUACAAGGACGACCGGAUAUUAUUCCGUGGCCAUGAGUUUACACUGACAGAUCUGGAAGAUUCAAAGCCCCCAAAUCACCACCUUGGACCAGCAUCUGAACGCUUAGCACUGUAUGUUCUACGUAGACAGGGGCUGGUUCCUGAGCAUGUGGAGACAAGACCUCUGUACAGCCCACUGCAGCCAGACAUUGAACAGGGAAAACUUCAGCUAUGGGUGGACCUGUUUCCAAAGUCACUGGGCCCGCCAGGACCUCCUUUCAACAUAACACCUCGCAAAGCAAAGCGACUUUUCCUUCGGUGCAUCAUUUGGAACACCAAUGACGUUAUUCUGGAUGAUGUCAGCAUUACUGGAGAGAAGAUGAGUGAUAUUUAUGUGAAAGGCUGGGUAUUUGGCUAUGAGGAGAACAAGCAGAAGACAGAUGUCCAUUACCGCUCUCUGGGAGGAGAGGGAAAUUUCAACUGGAGGUUUGUCUUUCCCUUUGACUACCUUCCAGCUGAGCAAGUGUGCAUCGUCAAUAAAAAGGAACACUUUUGGAGCUUAGACAAAGCAGAAACAAAAAUAUCCCCAAAACUAAUAGUCCAGAUCUGGGACAAUGACAAAUUCUCAUUUGAUGAUUAUCUGGGUUCUAUAGAAAUGGAUCUGAACAAAAUGGUUCGGCCAUCAAAGACUUCAGAGAAGUGCACGCUGAACAUGCUGGAGCAGUUGCAGGAUCCAAACAAGCUUGUUUCCCUUUUUGAACAGAAGACUAUGAGAGGAUGGUGGCCUUGUGUUGGAGAGGCAAAUGGAGAAAAGAUAAUUGCUGGUAAAGUGGAGAUGACUCUGGAGAUUGUCAGUGAGCAAGAGCGGGAUGAGAGGCCAUCAGGACUGGGAAGAGAUGAACCAAACAUGAAUCCACAUUUAGAGGAGCCCAAGCGCCCUGAGACAUCAUUUCUCUGGCUGUCUUCUCCAUUCAAGACAAUGAAAUACAUCCUGUGGCGCAGGUUUAAAUGGGUCAUCAUCGGGAUCAUAAUACUCUGCAUUUUGCUGCUCUUCAUUGGCAUAUUCUUGUACUCUUUCCCGAAUUAUGCUGCUAUGAAGUUGGUGUCACCUUUCAGCCGUGCACAGUAAGAAAUCCUGGGUGACAAUUACACAAGAAUGAAGAGAAGUUCUCUCUAAUCAGCAGACAUUCACCAGCCUGAGCAAGAAUAAGAGUGAUGAUCAGAGGGCUGUUUGCGGGUGCACAUGGCCUCUCCUUGCCUGUAUUUUUUAAAAAUAAACUUUUCAUUUUCAUGGUAUUUAGGAAGUUAAGGCUCUGGAAGCCCCAAGAAAAUUUUUUAGCUAGUCGAAGAAAGUGUGUAAAUGACCAUGGUCCUUCAGUAAGAUUUGCUUCUAUGAGAAAUAAUGUACAGUAAUAGUAUUUGAUACAAGAAAUACAUCAGAUGCUUCCAGGUUUAAGGCAAUGCCUGUUACUGUAUUUAUAAACAAAAGUUCAAAACCAAAGCCUAAUACUAGCAUGGCAAUUAUGUUCCUAAGAGUUAUUGCACAUUCAUUACUGUGCUGCUCAGAUCUGUGUACAUGAGCAUAAGAUACCUGACUCAAUACAAACAUAUAAGGUGGAACGUUUACUCCUAUCAUUAAGCAUCAGAUACUAAUGUGUGACAGAACUCAGAUGUUAAACCAUUGUAAUAGCCAGCUAGUGUGGAAACAGCAAAGUAUGGUGGCUGCAAUUCUAUUAUCAUCUAAUUCAAAUAUUAUGCACAAAAAUCAGUCCAAAUAAUAUAUUUUCAUGCACAGCUUGCUACCUCUCUCUUUCGUUCUGUACAUUUUUGCUUAUAUGAAUCUAGUUUGCCUCUAGACAUAGAUAGAUAGAUAGAUAGAUAGAUAGAUAGAUAGAUAGAUAGAUAGAUAGAUAGAUAGAUAGAUAGAUAGAUAGAUAGAUAGAUAGAUAGAUAGAUAGAUAGAUAGAUAGAACUUUAUAUUUACAUUUCAAAGGAGCCUAGUUUCACAGUUCCUAUAGCCAACAUUUCUUGCACAAGCUAAAUACAUAUCCACUGUAGAUGAGGUUCAAAGUAAAGUAAAUUUGGAUGUAAAAUACAUCAGUCUUGAAAAAACUCACAUAUAUCUACAUGACCACGAGAUGCAAAUUAUUGAUUAUAUUUGCUGUUGUGGCCACAAGGGGGUGCACCUGAUUCACAAACCACAGACCCAAUGUUAUCCACCACAAUUCCAGGUUCAAAUAAAGGAUUUUUAUUUCUCAUCCACCAUUUUUUGUGAACACAGCCAAAAAGCACACAAUUACAACUACAAGAUUCUUUUGCUCGUUCCGCCCUUCCUGAUGAGUGUUGCCUGCUCCCUCCCAACUUUGGCUCUUUUUAUCUCGGACCCGAUGUCCAGUGUUUGUUGAAAGCGCUUCUGGGUCAGGUGAAAGUCCCACAAUGCCAGGAUUAUAAACCACAGCAACACCACCUGGCAGCACCCAUGGAGCCCUAAAGGGCAGUACUCUGGUACUCCAGUUCACAGUAUGCCCUAUGGGUACCGAAGCUCAGGACUGCCACCAUCUAGCAUAUUGGGGGCUGAGGGAAAUAUUAAUCAAAUAUCAUCUUCCCCUGGUCUUUCCAUUACAUUGGACUCCAGGCUGGAUAAGGGUCUCUGUUCAACUCUGGCCCUGAUGCUAGUCCAUUACACUAUACACUACAGUCCUAGUAACCAUUUUUCUAUAUUAAAAUAUUUAAGCAAAAUAUGCUGAACUUGAUUUGACUAAAGUAUCAAGAAUAUAAUGAUAAAUCAGUUUUAAACAUUAAUUUGUUUUUUCUUAUUUAUUUAAUUAUUUAUUUGCCAAGCAGUAAGUAAGAAAUUGAGUUCUCAGUCCCUCUGAGUCGACAUUACUGAUAUACAGUACUGUUACAGAGCAUACACACUUGUACCAGCAACGUAGCUUAUUUCAUGAGAUAUGCAUUCGUUACAUUUUGUAGCAUAAAUUCAUGUAAAAAUGGGCAUUGACAAAAUAUAAAAAAAUAUUGAUUUCAUUUGAGGGAAAGAGAGAAGAAACACAAUGUUGGGUAUGUCUGUUUAACUGUUUAAAGUAAAUUGCUCUGUAGAAAAUGGCAUGUGGUCGAAUAGUCUUGUAAAUGUUAAUAACUCUGGGUGAAAAACCAUGACAAGUAUUUGAAACUUGGACAUUUUUGUUGUCUAAGGGGAGGGUAUGUAAAUACCCACUUUGCCUGAAUACUAUGCAACCCGAGGACCACAAAUAUGUCUACUCCAGAUGUGCCUCCAUCAUCUUGCAUUAUUGUAUAUCUCUCUUUCUCACUCUUUCUAUUAAUUAUGUUUUCAAAGCAUUUUACACAGCUCAUUUUGUGUAAACUUCUACAAGUAUCCACAUGUAGGCGACUUAAUAUCUGCCUGUACUGUUUAUUUUAUAUAAUAUUUGUACUACUGUAUAAUAAAUCACCUGUUGUGAUAGGAUGAAGGAGAAGUAAUAAAAAAAUUACUUUUCAAAAUCAAAGGUUCUCCUGGAGGAGGUUUCAAUGUUAAAAUAAGAAGCAUGAAAGAGCAAAAUAAUGUGAUUUAAGUAGAAAUAGUCAGAAUGAACCAGCAAACAACACCUAAAAAGAAGUAGAAUUAACAUCUGUAACACCUGCCUGGCCAGCCUGUCUGUCCCAAUAGUGGCAUUCCAUUGUUCCCUAAUUAUCGCCUAUAUUCUUCUUCACUUUGCUGCUUCCCUUUUCUUGCCUUUUCUGGCCACUCUUAAUGCCUGCUUAUAAAUGGUUUCUCUGCUUCUGUGUGUCUUCUUAGCUGUUUUUGUGUACAUACGGGACAGCGUAUAUGCAGAAACACAGGUUUUCCUGAAAAUUCAUAUAUCAAUCAGUGGAUCAUCAUUUUGUAUAGUGCCUUUGACAUUAAGUGCUGGGACAAUAAUGUUUCAUAAAACAAUAUACCAAAAAUAUUUAGCAUAUAGUUUGUGGCAGCAAUGACAGUUGUGAAUGCAGUGAGGAAGUUUUAGGGUGCUAACUGGGUCAUCUGUUUGAUUGUCUGGAGGCAGCAAAAUCAACGGUAAACAAAAAUAACGCUCAUUGGCAUGUAUCGCUUCAGCGGGAAUGUCACAGAAAGAGACUAAAGGCAGUCACUCUAGAGGAGCACUGGCCAGUAAUGAUGCCUCCUUAAGGGACACGUGGAACAAGGUGACAGCUAGACCAGAGGAGCUGGGGCUAAAUGCCUUCACCUGGCUCAUUGGCACUGUGGGGAAAGAAGGAGAUGUCAAUGUUAGCUGCAGUGCCCCCUUUCAACGGGGCCUGUGAGGAGGUCCUCCGAUGCGCAUACGUGACACGUUAAUAUUGAGAAAUUUUGGGAAAAAAAAAACAAUACCGAAAAGGAAACCUGAAUAACUUUGUUGCUGUUAAAGAAACUAAUGCAUUUUGAAAUCAAUUGUGGCUGGGUGCAGGAAUGACUGGUCACCACACAAAUGGAAAUGUGGGACACCAACUAGGUCUUCCCAUUUAAUAAUAGAAGUCCAAACAAAAAUAAUGCCUCUUUAACGUUAAAGUAAAUAACCUCUUGGGCACACCAACAAAGUACAGUAUCUGUCUUUUCGCUGUAGAAUAAGGGUCAAUCACUCGCACUCCUUCUGGCGGGUUGCUCUAAGUGUAUAUGACACCUUCUUCCGGGCAGCCAAGCUUCUUAUCAUGCACAAACCGGAAAGGAGGAGCUAAAUGCCUUCACUGGGCCAUUUCUUGUGUGGUGCGGAGAGAAGGAGAAAAGAAUGUUAGCGACAGCGCCCCUUCUCACCCUCUCACUUACCUCGAUUGAGCCUAACUUUGUUCUGAUCUUAUUUAGCUUCGCUCAGAUUCUUAGCAGUUGGCUUCAUCUGAAUUUGGCACUCACCAUCUAAGAAAAUAUCUAAAAAGGUCUAACUGGCAAUAAAAUUACGUAUUAAAGUCUAUGGCAUGUAUUAGGAUUUCUUUUAGGUAUACACAACAGAAAUGUUUCCUCUACUCAGAAAAAAAGUGCAUGACAUACAGUACAAUAUCCCUUUCAAGUCAAACAGCUGUAAAAUAAUUUAACAUAUUAAUUUGACACAAAAAGUCCCCACAAUGAACAGUUUUAUGGGUCCUUUCAGAUGAUAGCAGUUAAUAGAAUAAUAAACAUUACCAUACACUCAGUAAAAUUGUUAAAUAGCAUACUGACAGUUGAUUUCAUGCAUCUUCUUAUUAUUUUCAAAUCUAAUUAACCUUUAUGUUUUAAAAACUUAACAUAGCGUCAAGCUGGAUGUUAGUGUGCUUGAUGACUUGUUUUAGUUCUGAUGCCUGCUUUUCUUUGGAGCCAUCUUUAGCAUCCAAGGAUUAAAUUCACAGUGAUCAUAAACUGAAGAAUACCUGUAUUCCUGUACAGUAUAUUUAAAUGUAAUAUAUACACAUGAAAAACACACCUCAUCCAUAUGUGUAGGUAUAUUGUACAUGUCUGUAUAUAUAUUUUAUAUGCCAAAAAUAGCAGUACCUCUUAGGCCAUUGCUUGAAUUUGUACUGAGAUUUCAAGCAAACCUUGACACUGUUGAGUUUUUUUAUUGCCUGACAUACUGUAUGUAGCAUAAAAUUAUGCUGUAAUAUGUAGCAAUUAUAUACGCUAUGCAAUUUUUGUAAGGAUUCUUUAAAUUACUAUGACAAAGCAAAUAUAUCACUAUAAAUGCUGUCUAGAAUGACAGGAAUGCAUUUUAAAGAAUUAUUGAUUUAACACAUCUUUGGAAAGCUGUGACUCAUGGACAUGACGUUUAAAAUAAAGUAGCACUACUCUGUUGUUAUGUCUAACUCAGUGCACUCCAGUUAGUCCAGAAUCAACAGCAGGGGCUAAACAAGUAGGUAGUGCAAUCUAGGGGCUCCUAGGCUUAUCAGAUCAAAUCUCACAGCGUACCUAUGUUCUUCUUUUCAUUAUAUUCUCCUCAACAGUAUUUUUUCUAUCAAAUAUUAUUAUGCUCUUCAUGUAUAUUGUCUUGUCAUGAAGCUCAUGUUACAGCAGCUGGCAUUUUCCAGUUUUAUUUGAGAAAAUGACAGCAUUGCAAAGAUCUAUUGUGCAGAGAUCAAUAGAGAGCACUGUUCAGAUAUAAGUAACAGACAUGUUUUGGUGAGUCAUUAAUUUAUACUACUUGAAAUGCCUUGGUUAGAUUUGGCAGAAGCACCAGGAAAAAGCAGUGAUUUACAUUUACAUUUAUUUAUUUAGCUUAGCCACUAGACCACACUGUCUACCCAAGUGAAUCCUUAGCUGGUGCCUUAAAGUUGUUUUUUUUUUUGUCAGCUUGUGCCUUCUGUAAUUUAUCAGAAAAUGUACCAUGUGACUGUGCUAAAUCAAUGGUGACAGAUUUUUUUAUGAUGCACUUCAUUUGCUGAAAAUAUUAAAAACACACUGAAUAUUA